CCCUCUCUCUCUCUCUCUAAUACAACAGUAGCUUACUAACUUCAGUGUCGGUAGAGUAAUUCUCCAUUCUCAGUUCAUCAUACGAAGAAGAUGAACAUUAAACGAACACUGCAAUUCAACCAAAACACGAUGAAAUCGACAAUGGCGUCGCUAAGCGCCUCUGAAGAACAACAGAUUGACUGGGAGACGAGACCUGGCGGCAUGUUCGUGCAGAGAAGGACCGAAAUUACCAACACUCUCGCAAUACCGCACUUCCGAGUUCGAGUCGUCCAUGGCGAUCUCCGAUACGAGAUCUCCGUUAAUCAUCAGAUGACAUUCGGGGAGGUGAAGAAACUAUUGACCACGGAGACGGGGUUAACGCCGAGCGAGCAGAGACUGAAUUACAGAGGGAAAGAGCGAGAAAACGGUGACUAUUUGGAUAUGUGUGGAGUGAAAGACCGAUCGAAGAUCAUCUUAAUCGAGGAUGAACUCAGCAGGUUCAAGAGGCUUCUCGAAUUGCGCAGGGACGCGAAGAUCAAGGCAAUUCAUCGCAGGAUCUCCGACGCUACCUCUGAGAUUGGUAGACUUGCGGAGCAGGUAUCUGCUAUUGAGAAAUCUGUAGAAAAUGGAAAGAAGGUGGCAGAAGUUCGAAUCUCUACGUUGAUAGAGAUGUUGAUGCUUCAAGCAGUCAAGCUAGAUGGCAUAUCUGUAGAUGGAGAAUUAUUUGCUGAAAAGGAUUUGCAGGGAAUGAGAAUACAGAAGUGUGUAGAGAGCCUUGAUAUGCUAAAGGUUUCAAAUGCAAGAAUUAAGCCGAAUUCUAUCACAACCAAAUGGGAAACAUUUGAUCAUCCUCUUCCACCCCCGAUAAGAAAACCAACAACUACAAUAACAACUUACUGGGAACUAUUCGAUUGAUUGGUUGAUCUGCAGUACUCCUGCCUCAUUGCCUUUUGCUUGAUCAUUGAUUUAUCCCUCUACAUUUGUUUUAGAAUCUGUAGAUACAAUUGAAAUUUCUUUUUAUGCAAUAAAUUCCCUUUUAGUUGUUAA